AUGGGAGACAGUGAUGAUGCCCCCUACCACCAGGCCAAGCCGUUAGCCCUAGGCGUUCCACAGCUAAGCUGUGCACUGUGUCGUGACCGCAAGCUAAAGUGCGACAAACUCGACCCAUGCACCAACUGCACAUCCUCAGGCGCCGUCUGUGUUCCCAUCCAUCGCCCACGGCUGCCCCGAGGGCGCCAUGCCCGUCGGACUCGCCCGAAGACAGCGUCAACGGCACCACCGCCAACGAAUGAAACCGGUACCGCGGCUCCCACUGCGGCUGCCAGCAGCGAUUUGACCGCACGAGUUCAUCGGCUUGAGAGCCUUGUUCGACGGGGAGAAGCUGCUAACGCCAGCAAGGCUGGUAUCGACUGCGAUGCUGCCAAUACCAAUACCAAAACCAACCCCAAUACCAACACGGUAGACCAUGAUCUCAGUCAUCGUAUCCGCAGACUCGAAAGCCUCGUACAAGGAAUCUCAAGCACCACAGGUCCUGCGCCGGAAACAUGCAGUCUUCAAGAUCAGACGAGUGCGGCCGAGCCGUUGUCGUCUUCCACGGUAAGGGAGCACUUCCACAAAAAGCGUGAGAUAGCCAACGAGCCUAUGAUGAGCACAAGACAUUUAACGUGGUCCAAACUGGUGCAGAUAGUACGGUCGGUCGAGGAUUCGGACUUGAUGCAGGUUGAUGCACCGAUAUUCCCAAGUCCUACCAGAUGGAGCCCCGAGUUUUCUGCAUGGGCUGACUUGAUAGACGACGAGACCCAUGAGCCCGUCGACAAGGAUAGGCCCAGUGACGUGGUGAAAAGUGACAUCAGUGCUCUAGGCUUGCUAGGAUCCCACCAUUCGCUCUCCGCCAGUCCCCUAGGACCUUUCUACCGCGAUAAAGUAGUUGGCAGCCAACUGUGCCAAGUAUACCUCCAGAACGUUGAUCCUAUCAUCAAGAUUCUGCAUCGCCCGUGUCUCCGCAGGUGGAUGAUCGAUGGAGAGAGAUAUUUGGGAUAUGAUGAAGAUCACACUUCGGUCAGAGCCUUAGAGUCUGCGGUAUAUUAUGCAGCUGCCAACACCAUGACAGAAAGCCAGUGUCAAGCAUCUUUUCAUGCUAGCAAGUCUAGCAUAGUAGCAGCCCAUCGCAAGCGGUGCGAGGGCGCUAUUGAGAGCGCUAGUCUGUUGACGACGCGAGAUAUGAUUGUUCUUCAGGCCUUUGUUCUAUACCUUAUAGCAAGGAGAUCAGAAGAAAAGGGGACCGCUGUUUGGACUCUGGUAGCUCUCGCUGUCAGGCUCACAAAGGCUAUGGGCGUUAACCAGGAGCCUGGUGAGGCAGUCAAAAAUGGAGAGACCUUCUUCCAUCAGCAGAUGCGGCUGCGGCUGUGGCUCACUGUCUGUUUGAUGGAUCUGCAAACCUCCUUUGCGGAAUCAUCUGAACCGCUAAUCAGCCAUAGAGACGUUGCGACUGCUGUGGCCCAUGUACGACACAUCAACGACUAUGACUUUGACGUGGAUACCGCACAGCCAGUUGCCGACCGUGAAGAGCUCACCGAGACGACGUUUGCGCUUGUUACAUACCGAGUGCAGAUUGCUGGCCGACUACUCAACUUCGCUACACCAGAUUGGAGUAGUCCUAGCCCAUGCAACAACGACAUAGGCAGCGACACGUCUUCUUCAUCUUUCACGACCUUGCUCGACCCAGGAGAAAGACAACGACAGGCCCGCCAUUUCCAACAAGAAGCACUUGGGUUACUUCAUUUUUGUGACCCGGAAUCGUCCCCAUACGCCUGGUUUACCUGGCAUAGCACCCAGUGUCUCGUAUCGGCAAUACGGCUCUCUGAACUGCUUCCCUUCCAGUAUAGCCGCCUAGGAAGCCACAUGCCAUCGUCGCCGCAGCGUCAAGGAGGUGACACCGAUCUGCUGCGGCGAACCCUCCAGAGCCUCGAAAAAGCACAGCUUAUACACUCAGACCCCCGUGGCGAAGGGUUCCGCUGGUAUAUAACCACUCCAUGGCUCGCACUUUCAAUUGCAAUUUCUGAGUGCAACAACUGCACAGACACAUCUUUGGUUCGCCGGGCCUGGCCGAUUAUUGAGGCUUCAUUCCAGCAAUAUGAGAGCUUUGCUUUAAUGCAAAAAGAGCAACUGCCACAAACCCCACUUGUGAAGCUGAUGAACCGGACGCGCGAGAAGCAAUUGGCAUUGUCUCAAGACCGGAACAACAUGGAUGAGAGCCGGAGCGCCAAUAGAGCCGCUGGUACAUCCAAGUCUCUGCUACCACCAAUGCCGACUCCGGUCAGUUGCGUCGCGGAGGCGACGCCAGUCGACCCGUCAUUAAUAGAAAAUUCUUCCAUCAUGGCGCCCGAGAGGUCCUAUCCCACUUCGACGCAGCCAUUUGUGCAACAAGCCUGGAAUCCAGCGUCGUUUUCAACGGAGUUUAUGCCUGCCCUAGAUACCACGCUUCCCACUCCAGACAUGUAUCAUCCGCUUUCAUCUUCAUCCUCGGAUCUAUUUGAACCAUCGUGGAUGACGACCGACAUCAUGGGCCUAUACUCCACAAGGAAGACGACACAAUUAGCAACCGAUUAG